CAGCAGCAGCAGCAGGAGGAGUGAAGAUGGAUGGAGACUCCGCCCCCCUCACAGAUGGCCCCGCCUAUGAAACGCAGAAGAUGGAAGAAAAAGCCGCUGUGAAGGCAACUUCUGAAGAAUCAAUGAAGGCCUCCAGGACAGCAGGAGGCGCCAGAGCAGCCAAGAUGAUCUCAGCCAAGAGCACAGAGUCCGUGGACGGCGUCAGCAGUCCAGGAAGUCGUUCUCCCGCCAGCCGAUCGUCCACGCCUAACAGAGAGGUGAAGAAGGUGGCGGUGGUCCGAACCCCCCCCAGGUCUCCUGGCUGUGCUCGUGGACGGACGCCCCCCCUCCCCUCUCAUCCAAUGCCCGACCUCAGCAAUGUGAAGUCAAAGGUUGGGUCCACGGAGAACCUGAAACACUCACCUGGAGGGGGGAAGGUUCAGAUCAUCAACAAGAAGCUGGAUCUCAGUAAUGUGACGUCAAAGUGCGGCUCCAAAGACAACAUCCACCACAAACCAGGUGGAGGGAAGGUGGAGAUCAAGUCAGAGAAGGUGGAGUUUAAGACCGUUCAGUCCAAAGUCGGCUCUCUGGAGAACGUCACUCAUGUGCCAGGAGGAGGGAAGAAGAAGAUCGAGACUCAGAAGCUGAGCUUCAGAGAGAGCGCCAAAGCUCGAACCGACCACGGUGCUGAAAUCAUCAUCCAGGCUGACUCCUCCCCUUGUGAUCUUAGCAACACUUCCUCCCAUGGAAGUCUUAAUGCAACUGAAGCUCCACCCCUCGACACCCUGGCCGAUGAGGUGUCCGCCUCUCUCGCCAAACAAGGCCUGUGAUUGGACAAACCCUGUGCCUACAGACCCUGCCCCCCUGCUGUCACCAAGGAAACGGCCUAAUGGAAGAAAAAAAAAAAUCAUCAUACAUGUUACACAAAGCUACCGAGGAUUGGAGAGAUUUUAUGAAUCAGAAAUCACCCAGAGUUCACCCAGGUGUGCAGAGUCACAUGAUCAGCCUCACCUAUAUUUGUUAUUUCCACUGCGAAUCAACUUUAAGCUGAGCAGUGACAAAUGAAUGAAUAAAUAUGACUUUCAGCAGAUAAAUGUUUAACCUUAAGAGUUCCUGUGGUAAGCUGAUCAGCUCAGCGUUUAAAAACCUGAUCAAAGACCCAACGGCGUUAAAUGCGAUUAAACACACACACACACACACACUCCACAAACCUGUGAUGCGUAAAUGCCCACAGCGCCCCCCCCAUACCCGGAGCCCGCUCUUUAAUCUGACCUUUGAAGAAAAUUUGAGCUCGUUUUGAAUUUGGCGGCAGACGCACGGCCGUGAACGUGUCCCAGUUAGUCCGCCGCACGAUAUCCUCGUGUCUGUGUUGUUCCCACAUCAUCAUAAUAAAUGUUGUUCCAGGUUCAACAUUGCAAGUGACCAAUCACAUUGUUGUGACGUCAUACUUUUGCGACUUCGGAAAAAAACACCUUAAAAAUAUAAUCUACUUGUGAGAAACGCCUCUGUCCGACAAUACAGCAAUUUGAAUUCUUUGCAUUUCAGGAUACUGUUUUUAAUAAACUGUAAGCAUUAUAAUUUCAUAAAUUAAUAAAUCGCUUGGCUUGCAAAAGUAUGACGUCACAACAAUGUGAUUGGUCACUUGCAAUGUUGAACCUGGAACAACAUUUAUUAUGAUGAUGUGGGAACAACACCGACACGAGGAUAUCAGAUCAUCCUUAGUCCGCCUGCGCUGUGCAGAAGUAGAUGAAAAAGCAUCUGAAGCAUGAACUCGCCAUUAUUUUAACAUCUGUCUUGAGCACUUCCUGGAGGAAACAGGAAGUGUGAGAACGGUGGGAAAAAGCGAAACAUUAAGUCAUGUGACUCUGGAAACAGGAAGAGUGUUAUUAGCGUUGUUCAUAAAAUGUGUCCAAUCAUCGAGCCUCUAUCUCUCUGAUGUCAUCUUUCUACCAAUCAUAUCUCUUCUGUGUUUUUGCUGACGUGCUGUACCAACCCCUCACCACCACCAUCAUUAAAAAAAAUACCCAGAAUGCCGUUUGAUACCAGGUGCCAAAACAUUUGUGUCUCUCUGCCUGUUGGCUGUUCAAGUGCUUUGUACCAAUAAAGUUUCUCUUGAAUCUGA